UGCUUGUCAUUAUUUUCGUAUCUGUGUUUCAGUUCUUUCUCUUCGCUUCCAAGAUUUCCUGUGGUGAUUUUGGUGUGUCUUGGAAUUGGGUAUUGGGGGCUCGCAUUGGACCGUACCUUUUGGUUGGCAUUUGAGUUCUUUGUUUGAAAACUCGUGUUUUUUUAUCAGGAUUUAGUCUUCAGCAUUUCUCUGUACUCUUCAGUCUUCAGUUUGGCAUUUGGGGUUCAAAGCUUCACAUUAUCCUUUUGAUAGGAACUACGGCGGGCCCGUUGAACGGAUCAGCCUGAGCACAUAUUAAGCCCUUCAGCACUGUCGGCUAAUUUUGUCAAAAUGUUCAUUUCGCAUCACGUGGCGGCACUUCCUUUAUUUCCCCCCGCCACCAAUUCUGGCAUCACUGUAACCCCACUGAAAAUUUGUCGCCAUUAGGGCACUAAAGUUGCGAUCUGUAAAUUAUUUUUAACUGCGUUAGAUGUCAAAAGCAUCCGUACUACCCUUGCAGUAAUGAAGCUGCAGGAUGCUUAAAUGCACUUGCUUUAAGUCAAAUUUACUGACCGUGAGAGCAAAAGAUUGGCGCUCUCAAGUUUGAGUUUUUCUCUGGUUAGUCCAAACACAGAAAUGCCAAGGAAAAUAGUUCUGAUAUCUUGAAUUUUCUUUGCAGGACAGAAGGACAAAACAUCUUGCUGGACAGCCAUGGAUCAAUAUGAAGUGCUGGAGCAGAUCGGUAAAGGAGCAUUUGGCUCUGCUGUGCUGGUCAGGCACAAGCUGGAGAAGAAGAAGUAUGUGUUGAAAAAGAUCCGGCUUGCCCGUCAGACAGAUCGCACUCGCCGGUCUGCCCACCAGGAGAUGCAGCUCAUUGCUACAGUGAGGAAUCCAUUCAUUGUGGAGUACAAGGAUUCAUGGGUGGAUAAGGGUUGCUAUGUUUGCAUUGUUAUAGGGUAUUGCGAGGGAGGAGACAUGGCUGAAGCUAUUAAAAGAGCUAAUGAUACCCACUUUUCUGAGGAGAAGCUUUGCCAGUGGCUAGUGCAGCUUCUUAUGGCGCUUGACUAUUUGCACGCACAUCACAUUCUUCACCGCGAUGUCAAGUGCUCCAAUAUAUUUCUUACCAGGGAUCAGAAUAUAAGACUUGGUGAUUUUGGGCUUGCAAAAAUAUUGACCCCUGAUGAUCUAGCAUCCUCGGUAGUAGGAACACCAAGUCACAUGUGCCCGGAACUUCUUGCAGAUAUACCUUAUGGUAACAAAUCUGAUAUUUGGUCACUAGGAUGCUGCAUGUAUGAAAUGGCUGCACUCAGACCCGCAUUUAAAGCUUUUGAUAUGCAAACCCUUAUCAACAAGAUUACCAAGUCGAUUGUAUCACCUUUGCCCACAAGAUAUUCUGGUGCAUUUCGGGGACUUGUUAGGAGUAUGCUGCGGAGAAGUCCAGAGCACAGGCCAAGUGCAGCUGAACUACUGAAACACCCACACCUACAACCCUACGUGCUGCAAGUGCAUUUGAAAUCUUCCCCUUCUCGGAGCAUAAUUCCUGUCCAUCAAUCUCCAACUGAAAAGAGGAUGACAUUCGCCGCAGAACCUGUUUACAGAAGCAAGGGAAGGAGGAAUUCUUUGGGUAAUGAAAGGAUAGUGACCUUCAGCAAACCUUCGCCAGAGGGAAAUUAUAUCAGCUCUGUUCCGGGUAUAAAGGACUGCACCACGCCACAGAGUGCCAAAGAGCCAUCUGUUGAUAACAAUAAGGCUGAGGAGGUUACUAGUAAAACCGUGGCCUCAAGUAUCACGAAGACCCCAAAGACAACUCCAUGGAAGAUGAUGACAACCCUGAAGAAUCGGCUAGAAGCUCCACAGGCAUCCUAUGACAGGACGAGUCAUAUUGAGUUCUCAAGAACACCAGUUGACAACAGGAGCACCCGGCUUGCCCGCAGAGCAUCGCUUCCGCUGCCAGUAUUCGAGACCCCCAAGCGCAGCAGCAUCAGCGUCAGCAUCCUGGAGCAGCUGGAGUCCCCCGACGUCUCCGUGAACUCGCCUCGCAUCGACAGGAUCGCCGAGUUCCCGCUCGCUUCAUCCGGGGAGGAGCCCCUGUUCUCGAUCGGCAAGCCCUCGCUAUCAUCUGCCCGCGGCUCGUGCUCGGCGGCCACGCCUCCGUUCGUGGACCGGUCCAUCACCAAGGACAAGUGCACGGCCCAGACGCUCCGCGCCGCCACCUCCGACGCCGAAAACGGCAGUAGCGGCGGUGGCGACGACGACUCGUCCACGGGCCGCAACGCCACGGUGGCGGUGGCGGUCUCGAGCCGCGGGUCGUCGGAGUUGUCGAGGCAGCGGCGGGGGCGGCAGCUGCAGCGGCGGUUCGACACGACGUCGUACCAGCAGCGCGCGGAGGCGCUGGAGGGGCUGCUGGAGUUCAGCGCGCAGCUGCUGCAGCAGGAGCGGUACGAGGAGCUGGGCGUCCUGCUGAAGCCGUUCGGCCCCGGGGAGAAGGUGUCGCCCAGGGAGACGGCCAUCUGGCUCACCAAGAGCUUCAAGGAGACAGGGCUGUAGGCUGACUGUAACCUCGCCGGUCGCCUUGAUCUGAUCACAGGCCUCUUCUUUGAGGUUUGUGACGCGCGACGUAGUAGCUAGCUAGCUAGCGUUAGUCCUAUCUCGAUCGGUAGUUGGAUGCUGGCAGUGGACACCGUCUCAGUGUUGCCCCAGCUCAAGUAGCGUAGCAUCAUUAUUACCUUACCAAUAGCUAGCGGUAGUUAGUUUCUCAGGGCCGGCCCCAGAAUUAACAGCAGGAAGUAGAAGACUGUAGCAGUAAAAACGAGCUGAAAUUGUGUCUUGAGACUUGAAAGUGAGGAAGUAGUUGAGAUCAUUACUAGGUGAGGUCAUGCAACCAUGGUUGUAACCAGCUCAGAACUUAGGGAGCAGUUUUCAGACUUGCAGUACCACCAGCGCUGACGACUGAAGAAUGUUUACUGUCCAUGCAUGGAUUAAGGAGGCAUUCAGCCCAGCUCAUUCGAUUGA